AUGGGACCGAAAAAGUCGCCAUCGAGAAAAUCGAAAUCGAAAGAACCAACGCCCGAUCCGCCGAGCGGGUUAGGAGAUGUGGAUAACACUAAUAACAAAGGAGGAGGAGACGAUGGAAAAGAUGAAGAUGCGGGAGGGAAAGUUUCGUCCCCAAAAGGUGGAAAAAAAACCGUAGAAAUGAUACAAAACGAAAUAGCAAUGUUAGAGAAGCAAGCGUACGAUACGAAAUCGAAGCUCUUGAACGAGUCGCAAUUUUCCGAGCUUCUUGGAUUGCAAAGCGAAGACGAGCCUGAAUUUAUUGACGAAAUUAUAGAGAUGUACACCGCAGACGCUCGAUCAAUGUUAGACGAAUUGAAGACUCUGUAUAGCGCAAAAGACAAAGAGAUUGACUUUGAUGUCAUUCGCGGGACUUUGCACAAAUUAAAAGGGUCCUCGUCGACGUUUGGCGCGGAUGGAGUGACAGAGAUGUGCGACCAGCUUCGCGAGCUGUGCAUCGAGAAAAACGUGAAAGACGCGAGGGAGGGGCCCAACUCGUUGGUUGAGCUCGAGAAGAGAGUGGAGAUUUUGGCAGAAUUUUUGACAAAGUACAUGGAGAAGCUGAAAGAGCUCGCGGCUGCGAAGAAUCAAUCUUGA